CCAGAGUACUUCCGGUCAUUAUUUCCGGGUCGUGUUUCUUUACACGCUACUCAAACGGCCAAGCUCGCGUUGAAAGCAAACCGGAGAAGUUCUGUCGAAACUCAGCUAUCAUGUUCAAACUGGAAGGACUCGGGCCUAAAAUGGACCCAGAGGAAAUGAGGAAGAAAAUGCGACAGGACGUCGUCUCAUCUUUACGAAACUUUCUUAUUUACGUCGCUCUCCUGAGAGCCACUCCUUAUGUAUUAAAGCAACUGGACAGUAUAUGAGAAGGGGGUCUUCCUUCUAUCCCGAGAAUUACCGAUAGCAGAAGCUGUGUGGGACGUGUGGAGGAUGUCCAUCUUCACCACUUGCAUUUAUUUUCAUUGUGUUGAUCGCUUGAUUUUUGCCGACAAAACCUUGUGCUCAUUUAGCAACACGUAAACUUAUGAAAUUCCAUUUUGUUAUUAAAUGGAAGACAUAAAUUGG